GACUGCUCUACGCUGAACGGAUGCGACACUGCGACACUGCAACAUUGCGACAUCGCGACACGCGUCACCAACGCGAUUACGAUUGCAAAACAAUUAUGUUUACAACUGCUUUUAGUUGAACACUGUUACAGUUCACUAAAUUAAUCCCAAUACACUAAGUCAUACUGAUGACGGACGGGAAAAGUUUUUUAAUAAGUUGAGCUAGAGCUAACCAGUUUGUGUUUUGUGCUAUCGAUUUAUUAAGCAUAUGAUGAAUUAAUUCUGCAGUAUUCUUGUAGAAGUCCCCGUGAGGUCAUUGCUGGUAUUUGAUACAGUGCAGAGCUGUGCUGAUCAGCGUGGAUCAUGGCUGACUCUCCCGUUGAUUCGAUCAAUCUAAACAAUAUCCCUGCAACGUCACUAUCGGAUAAUGAACCCGGCCACCAGUAUCACGUUAGCUAUGAUCCCCAUGAACAUCGAAGAGUACGUAACCCUACCAACAACAUGGAAACACUGGUUCACUUGUUGAAGUGCAGCCUUGGUACAGGGAUCCUUGCGAUGCCGCAAGCGUUUGCGCGGGCUGGUCUCGUCACAGGGAUCAUCGCAACAGUUCUUGUCGGGAUUCUUGUCACACAUUGUCUUAAAAUACUCGUUCAAUCCCAGUACGGAACGUGUGUUAUGAAACAAGUGCCAUUGCUGUCGUAUCCUGAGUCUGCAAGUACGGCGCUACUCUCUGGGCCGCCUAUGUUCCGCUCGUUGGCUCGACCUGCAGCCCUCGCCGUCGAUAUUUUCCUCGUUGUUUACCAGCUUGGAAUCUGCUGUGUUUACAUAGUCUUUAUAGCAGAUAACAUUAAAAAGAUAUGCGAUCCUUACAUGUCAUCUACAAUGCCUGUGGAGAUAUACAUGGUGAUAAUUCUGGGUCCAUUGGUUGGAUUCAAUUUGAUACCCAGCCUGAAGGUGCUGGCUCCGUUCUCGGCUCUUGCAAACCUGAUGACAUUUGUGGGACUGGGUAUCAUCGUAUAUUUCCUGCUCACCGGUAAGAAGUCUGAAGAGCCACUAGAUCUUUGGGGUUCACCGGCAACGUUUCCACUGUUCUUUGGGACCAUUCUUUUUGCGCUGACUGCUGUAGGCGUUGUUAUAGCCAUCGAGAACAAUAUGAAGACACCGAAAGCGUUUGUAAAGCCGUUCGGAGUUCUGAACGUCGGAAUGACAAUAAUAGUGGUCCUGUACGUCGCAGUUGGUUCCAUCGGAUACCUCUACUGUGUCUCCGAUUGUAGCGAUUCAAUUACACUAGACCUACCACAGGGACCAUUUGCAUCAACCGUUAUGGGUAUGUUCGCUGUGGCAAUAUUCAUCAGUUAUGGACUGCAAUGCUACGUUCCUGUGGAAGUUCUGUGGGAAGGGUACUUGCUGCCAAGGCUUGGACAAUACAGUCCAGAGAAACAAAAAUACUGGCAAUAUGGUUUGCGGGCUUCUCUCUGUAUACUAACCUUUCUUCUGGCAGUGUCUAUUCCUCGCCUGGGUCUCUUCAUAUCUCUCUUUGGAGCGCUCUGCCUGUCUGCGUUGGGGAUCUGUUUUCCCGCUUUAAUGGAAGCAUGCCUCACGUUCCAGGAAACAAGAGGCCAGUCUCGUGGUCACAUAUAUGUUAAGGAUGCCUUUUUAUUUAUUAUCGGUCUGGUAGGACUUGUAGCUGGAACUUAUACAGCACUCAUAAGUAUAGUACGUUCCUUCCAACCAUCUUCUCCUUGACGGAACUUAAUGUUUGUAGAUUAUGUUAUAGUUUUAGACGGCGCGCGCUUGAAAUAUUAGAAUAUUAUUGCAUCAUAAAAAUAAAUAAUGUACCGCCAUCCAUUCAUUAUCAUUCUGUUAAUUAAUUUAAGACAACACUGUUUAUAAAAUAGAUAUGCUUGUUGAUAGUUUUAUGUCUUUAUUUAUUCCUUCCAAUGGAAAUACUAAUGGCACGCCAAAAAGAAUGCAUAUUACGAAAUAAUUACUCUCUCCGUAUGUAGUCGAAAUCAGAUACAGCGAAAUUUUGUAAAUGCACAAAUAUAAAAAAAAGGUAGAGAUAAGACAUAGUAAAUAUAUUUUAUUAUAUAGUAUUCAAUUUGGCGAUCAGAUUAAUGAUGAAUAAAUGUUAUGUAUAUGAUGUAUAAUUUUAUGUUAUGUAGAAUAAUUCUUAUUUAUACCUAAAUCUUAUGUCGAACGUAAAGUGGGUGAGCGAAUACAUAAAUCAGGAUCAGUUUUGUUAUAUUUAUGUACACAGAUCUAUCUGUAUAUUUGUAAACAUGUAUUUAUCAUUCCUAUUUUUGCGUCAGUGUAUUCCAUUUCAAUAAUAGAUAAGAAAAUACAGCUUCGCCCCGCAACUGAUAUAUUAUAUAACUACUUUCUUAGACAUUGGAUUUCGAUCAAAUUGAAUAGAAUGGAUCAUUCAUUCUUGUCACUAAAUCUCAGUUCGAAGAGAUUUUGAACCAUAGACUUAGAAUAUACUCACGUAUAGACUGCCUGAUAGCCCGAUAAUGCUUGACCAAUUUUGAUUUGUCAAUGUAUGCGUUAGCUACUAGUUUGAUAUUGGCCACGCUUGGCACGUCACUAUUUCCGACUUGUCGAUUAGAAUUUCCAGAGUUCCAGUAACAAUAGAUUCGCUUUCCUUUUCUAUCUGUCUGUAUCUGCGUUCGAGAUAUUCUAUCGCAAGUAUAUUGUAUUUCUAUGUUCUGAACAAUGUAAAAACCCAUCAAUGAAUCCAACAUGAAUGGCGGUACCUUUAGUACAAAAUACAUGACCAUUUACUACUUUAGGACAAAAUACUUUAGUAAAACAAAGUUUUAUUUUUUCAUGGCGGCCAUUUUGAAAUCCGCCAUCUUGUUUUUUUAUUUGUGGCCUUAGUGAUAAGGCCUAUUUCGUCUUUCUUUAUGAGAAUUUCAGUUGUCUUGCUAUUACUAUAAGUUAACAUAUUAUAGUCAGACGGAAUCAAAAAACAGCAAACUUCCACGCUGAUAAUACGUCUGAUUGUUUCGCGAUCUUGUGUUGUCGAAUCUAUGGACGGUCGAUGGAUCGCGAAUGUUUUGACUUAGGUUCGUGUGCCAGAAUAUAUCUCAAGAAUCCGAUUAGAAAACAUCACGGAUUAUGUAUUAAGAUGUCUGGUUGAAAACGGGCCUAAAACCAGUUCUGAAUUUCAUUUUGAUCACAUGCCGAUUAUAGCAGAUCUUAUGGAGAUUUUACAUCGCUGGUAGGUAGCCACCUAAGGGAUAGCGAGUUAGGACAAGUAAAUGGCAUAGUAUAUUAUGAUUUUUUCAUGCUAAAAGCCAUUCUGAUAUUAUUACGUGUUAAAUGGUUUAUUACAGUGUAUUUAUUGCACAAGCAUACUAUUUCUUUAUUAUUUUUGAAAAGUAUCAACAAAUUAACCUGUGCUCGUACAAAUAUUAAUAGUUACUAAAAUUUCACAUUAAAUUAGUACAAAAUUGAGUCCUAUUUCCAUUAAAAUGUGUCUUACGACCGUUCCCAAUAUUUAGUCUAUCUCCGAUUGUGGCCUACUUGAGAUAAAAAUCGUAACUAUCGUUGACUUUUCUGACCCAAAAAACUUACCGACGGUAACUCACUUUACCCGUACGCUGUCUGUCAAUGGGUGGACGUAUAGCUUGCCAGCGAUAGAAGUUUGUAUGGAAAUUGCAAUUCACGCGUCCCAAUAUAAGGCGAUAAGAAUGACUUAUCGGGUACAUUGGGACAGCUUGCGAUUAUUGACAGCUAAUUACUGACAGAAGAAGGUAGUAAUUUAUCUCUAUCUGUGGAUAGUAUAUUGGGAACGGCCGUUAGUGAUACACAUAUAGAGUAGAGUAAGCCUAACGUUGUAUAAACUAUUAAUUUUUUUAAAGAAGUUUUAAUAAUAUGUAUAUUAAUAGAAAGCUAUUGCUUUCUAUCUUUUGUUAUAUCUUUUAUAAAGGGUCUUAAAUUAUUGUUAUACUUUUUGCUUCAUAUCGAGGCUAUUAAUCAUGUCACCGCGUAUGCUAUAUUUUAAUACUUGCGAUAUUUAGAUGAAAAUAGACUGUAGACAAAUUGAAUUUAAUAAAUUUGAAUGUACAAUUUAAAAUCGGCCUUUUAUUGUUACUUUUUGAGAGUAUAUUAAUUUUAUUUUUAUGACAUUAGUUACGACUUGCAAAUAAAAGUAUAUUGUUUA